CGCCAUUCGCAUUUCGAGUCUCUCGCCUUCCUCUGUCAUGGUCGCAACCUCGAUGCCUAUGGCAACAUGGUCGCUGGCGCAAAAAAAUGGAAAACCACAACCACAACACAAUGGCAGAGCGAUUGGGGAGGCUUGAGGCGGACAAAGCAACAUUUGGGUUUUUGGGUUGAAGAGUUUAGACUGUGGAUGAGCUCGAAAGGAGCAGUAGUGGCAGGCAAUCGAAUGCAUGCUGACUUGGAUUCUCCAAACAGUCAAGGUUCACAUCAAGUCCCGCAUCGUCACCGUUGAGGGCCCCCGUGGCAAGCUCGUGAAGGACCUGUCCCACUUGGCUGUCAACUUCUCCCAGCCGGUCAAGGGCACCAUCAACAUUGAGAUCCACCACGGCUCAAGAAAGAACGUUGCCACCCUCCGCACCGUCCGCACCCUCAUCAACAACCUGAUCGUCGGUGUCACCAAGGGCUUCAAGUACAAGAUGCGCUACGUCUACGCCCAUUUCCCCAUCAACGUCAACCUGGAGAAGGACUCCGAGACUGGUCUGUGGGAGGUCGAGAUCCGCAACUUCAUUGGCGAGAAGCUCGUCCGCAAGGUCAUCAUGCGCGAGGGCGUCGACGUCGAGGUCUCCAAGGCCCAGAAGGACGAGCUCGUCCUCUUCGGCAACUCCCUCGAGGCUGUCUCCCAGUCCGCUGCCGAUAUCCAGCAGAUCUGCAAGGUCCGCAACAAGGAUAUCCGUAAGUUCUUGGACGGCAUGUACGUCUCCGAGAAGGGCAACAUUGAGGAGGAGGCUUAAAUGCACAUCCACCAUCAACGAGGGGAGCAAAACCAAAACAAAAAGGGUCAAAACAGGUCAUGUUUUUCGAGGCAAAUGCAAAAAUCAAACUGGGGUAUCUGGGUCUUACACACAAGGCGUGGCCGGGGUUCCAUUUUUCACUUUGCAUCGUGUAGCGCAGGGCUACCAUGAAUCACAUCAAAAGUCAAGAAGACGUUGCCUGCUCCCCUCUUUGAGCAGUACAUCCCACAACACUUCAUCAUAUACCCUACUCGCAUGAGACAUUCUUCAUGGUGAAAUGAUACCCAUUCAAACUUAAACAAACGAACCCUUCCCCAAUGGCUGUCAUGUGAACCAACGUAGUAUAUGAUACAAAAGUCUUGAUAAUUAUCUGGUGUGACUGAAUGACAUUAUCGACUAUGUUGACAGCAGAG